AGAAGAGAGCAGAAGGUGCCAAUUCCAACGUGUUCUCUAUGUUUGAACAGACCCAGAUCCAGGAAUUUAAGGAGGCCUUCACCAUCAUGGACCAGAACAGGGAUGGCUUCAUCGACAAGAAUGAUUUGAGGGACACGUUUGCUGCUCUCGGGCGUGUGAACGUGAAGAAUGAAGAAAUUGAUGAAAUGCUCAAGGAAGCUCCAGGUCCAAUUAACUUUACUGUGUUCCUAACGAUGUUUGGGGAGAAACUUAAGGGGGCAGACCCCGAGGAGACCAUUCUCAACGCAUUCAAAGUGUUUGACCCCGAAGGCAAAGGGGUGCUCAAGGCUGAUUACGUUCGGGAGAUGCUGACCACACAGGCAGAGAGAUUUUCCAAAGAGGAGAUGGACCAGAUGUUCGCUGCCUUCCCCCCUGAUGUGACUGGCAAUUUGGACUAUAAGAACCUGGUGCACAUCAUCACCCACGGAGAAGAGAAGGACUGAGAGGGGCUCAUCACCCAACCCCGGGCUUGUCUUUGGUGGGGAGGUGGUCCCUGCCCUCCUCUCACUUUGCCCAGUAAUGCCGCCGUCCCUGCUCCUGGCCUGUUAGCUGUGUGGCUGCUUCAUCAUCCACCUCUAUCGUCUUUGCAGCCCCAGUGGUUGCAAGAUGCCACGUAGCCACACAUCCUACAGAUGGAAAUCCACCC